AACUUCUAGGUUUCGGAAAAAUGGAGGUCGCAGCUUGAUCGAAAUCGUGGAUCCACCUCGUUUAAGAAGAGUUAAAUUGCGUUAUUUUUUUGUGGGAUAAUACAGUUCUAAUACGUUUCCUUGAUUCUUGGUAUUCUAUUUUAUUUAUAAAUUCAAAAUCUAUAAAGUAAAGACCGAUUUUUACGCAGUAAAAUGCAGGAGAGACGGUACAUCUCUAUUUUUUAACAAGAUAAUACGUUGGAUAUACAACGCUCAAUACAAAAUGAAAUCAAAGACAAAAGCUAAAAAAUCAAAUGGGAAAUUUGGGAAAGUUAAAUUUUCUCCUAAAGGAAUUACUUCUGUAAAUCCAGACUUAUCACAACUACAUCCGCCUAUAGACAUAAGUGAUUCGACUUUAUAUCGUGUGAGCAAAAUUUUAGAAAAUGGCAGUGAUGAAGUUAGAUCUAUUCUGGCAUAUGAAUGUGAUUUAGUAUAUGAAUGUCGCAUAUGCCGAAGCCUUUUUAGAAGUUUGGUCAAUUUUAUUUCUCAUAAACGUGUCUAUUGUAAAGAAAAAUUUGAUGUUACAUUUGUUAGGGACUCCUCCAACGAUUAUGAUAUAACUUCUACGAAUAAUUUAGACAUACAAAAAACGCAGGGCCUAUUUAAAGAAGGAUGUGGAAAUGAUCGAAUUUUAAGAAGUCAAGCUUGCAAACAAAAGGAAAAGAAGGAUCUCACCGCGAUUGUUAAUACGCUGCAGAAAAAACAAAUAGAGAACAUACAAACAAACACUCAACGAUUAUGUUUGGAGACUGUACAUUCAAAUUCAUCGGCAGUAUAUCAAACUGUUGAAUCAGUGUUUUCAACUGAGAGUAAUACAGAUUUAAUGAAAGCACAGGUAACAGAGCUAAAAAAUAUAAAUGAGAGGACUGUAAUGUUAGAUCUGAAUGGCCAAGUCUUAGAAUUUAGUCAAAAGUUGAGUGGUAAUACAGUAACUCAAGUUCGUAAUAAUGAAGAAAGUGAUAAGGAAGUUAUUUGUCCUAUAUGUUAUGCAAAAUUUUCAACGAAAAAAACAUUAACAGUUCACACAAGGACACUACAUACAUCUCACAGGUUAUGUUACCCAUGUCCUUGCUGUUCUAGUACAUUUGCAAAUACGUGGAGUGUUUAUAGGCAUCUCUUUAAAGUUCAUAGAAAAUCUAAUGAACAAGUGAGGAAACUCAGAUCACAAAUUCAAGAGAAAGCAUUUAUUAAAGAUACUACCAUUGCUGAAGAUUUACAAAAGGAGGAUGCUCAAAAAACUUUAGUGAAUAGUGCACUAAGGGCUAAUGAAACACAGGAAUGGAUAGAUCAGUUAGAAUUGGAUACAGAGUUACAAAGAUGUGGUGGAUGUGGAAAGAGAUUUGAUAGAAAAGCAGCGUUAUCAGCUCACUUGCAAUAUUGUAAUAGGCGUGUUGCAGCAUAUGAAAGUAUAACUAAAGACAAAAAGAUCAAUAAAAUUCCAUCAAAUGAUGUUUCAAAUGGAAAUACUAAUGAAACAUCUAUUCGCGUGGAAGCAGUUGCCAGUUUAAGUAAAGCCGACUGGGAUAUGUUAAAUAGCGAAGGAUUAGUUUCACAAAAUGUAUCUAAUGGAAAUAUUGCAAGAAUCCUUACAAAUGGAGUACAAGAAAACUUGGUGAAAGACGAUCUUUCUUCUGCAAGUGAUGUUUCUGACCCUUUAGAAAUUGUGUAUACUAGUAUAAACAAACAUAAAGCUAAUAUUGGAAGCAAGAAACGAAAAAAUAAGGAAAGUACAAAAAGAUUGAGUAAUAAUGCAGAAAAUAUUGCAAAAGGCAUAUCCGUAGAAGCGAACGUUGGGCAUGACACAGCAACUGAAAAACUGGAUCAUGUAUUAUCAAUGGAAAAGAAAGUAGCUUCAAUAGUAAACUUUGAGAAGCUUCAGUGCCUUCCAUGUAAACGAAAAUUCCCUUCUGUGCAUAAUCUAAGAAGACAUGCUGCCAUUCAUAUUGGAUGGAAUCGUUAUCAAUGUAGACUUUGUGACUAUAAGUGUUUCGUUAAGUGUGAUUGUAUAGCACAUUGCAAUAAAGUUCACAACGCUCAAAACAAUCGUGUUGUUAUAGAUGAAAUGAUAACUCAGAUACCAGAUGACCAGUAUUUGUGUGGUCAAGAUAUUACGUCGAAUAUAACGAAUUUAGAACAGGAGAUUGAUGCUCCAGAAGUUGUAGAAGUUAACAUUACACCAGGAAACAUGGGAUUAGAAGUUAAAAUGAGAGAGAAAGGGACGAAUGAAACAGAGACAAAAAUAGUUGAUAAAAAUUCAAUAGUAGUUCAUGAAAAUGGUAAAACUCAAGAAACUAUGGAUAAUGGUAUUAAAGAAAAUAAUUUGGGAGCGGAUCAAGAUCUUAGAAAAAUGGUGAUGGAAGUUAUCUUUGGAUCUUCUGAAGUUCACUCCGCAAAACAAACAGGUGUGAAAGAAACUGAACACUCUAGUUCAAAAUUACAAAAUAAAGGGGAAGGAGCACAAUUUAAGGAUUCUAAUUUAAAGGAAAGUGCGUAUAUGCAAGACAAUUUAAGACCCCAGCGUCCUAUUCGUAACAAAAUAAAGCCUCUAAAUAAGGAUUUCAUCUACGAUUUAAAGGAGGUCACAUUUCGUAAAGAUUCUUUGAUCGUGAAAUCUUUAAACAAGCCACUUGCCAAAAAAUCUCCGGUACAGGAAGACGACAAUUUGGAGAAAGAUUUAGACCAGCCGUCCAAGCGUUUUAAACCUAUAGAAAAUGAAGAAAUAUUAAUUCCUUGUGCAAAUAACUCCAUAGUAAACAAAUGCGAAAUUGAACUCAGUAGAGGUUUUAAAAAUAGUUUUACUGUUUCUCAGUGCCGCAAUUAGUAAACAUUGUAUCAUAAUAGAGUCUCCAUUCAGUCAGCAAUAUAUUGUUUAAAUUGAUAUUAUUCAUCUUGAUGAACAAAUUUUUAGUAAAUUUUUAAAUUGUAUUCUUCACAAAUAUAUAUAUAUAUAUGUAUGUAUAAUGCAUAUUUGUCCAUUAAUGUUAGUAAAUUUAAGAUAUUUAAAAAUAUUAAAUAUUUUCACUUUUGUCGUGCAUUAUUAAGAAUUUAAUUCUUCAACACAUUAUUUUCUUAAUUAAUCCGAAAUUUUUAUUUUCUGCUAUAUGUAGAUUUACUUAAAAAGUUAUCUAGAAUAUGUAAUAAUAAAAAAGAAAAGAUAGCAAAAUGUAGAUAAUAACACAUUUUUUUAUGUAAUACUAGUUAUAUGAAGAAAAACAUUAUUAAAAUUUGUAAUGUAUUGUAUGAUAAUUCAUACAAUAUAAUUGUUGUUUAACGCAGUCUAAUUAUUUUGUUUUGUUUCUUUCAGAUUAAUUAAACGCAGAUAUUCAAAUAAAUUUAUUUUAGAUUUGUAUGUUUAUUGUGUUUUAAAUUAUUACAAGCAUUCAUAACUAUUUUUGGUUUUUAUAGAUUAGGGUGAUAUUAUUUUUUUAAUUUAGAACUGAAAAAUAUUCUAAAUAAUAAUAAUUUGUGAAAACUAUUAAGGAAUAAAUAUGUCAUAUAUAAUUUCACGUUAUAUAUAGAUAAUUUAUAUGCUUAUACAAUAUUAAUAAGUUAUAAAUAUAUAGAAUAACGUAAAAAUAAGCAGAAAAAUUCUAACAUGGGAUUAAAAAAACAUGGAUUAUUUAUAAAUGUGUACAAAUAGAAAAUGAUUAAAAAAAUCAUCUUGUAAAAAUAAAUUAUAAAUAUAUGUAUGUGAUGGUUAUAGUUAUAAUAAAAUAUCUGCAAUAGCUUUAUUGGAUUUUUAAUAUUUUAUUGAUUAAUAAAUUAAUUUCAUUUGUAACAUUAUGCGAUGAUAAAAUAAUAAUUAGACAAAAUAUGUAAUAUGUAUCAUGUAUAGGCAAUGUUUGGCUUUUCAUUUAAAUUUAAAUGUUAUUAAAUUAAUUUUCAUUUAAAUAAUUGUUUACGUAGACUCAUUUGUUAUUUGAAAGUUGAAAAUUAAAUUGAUCAGAAGAGUUGUUGAACAGUUGACGGGUGUUUUAAAUAUACAUAUUUAGCAGAUUAGGCAUUUAAAUUUUGAGUUAAGUCUUAAGGGUCCCCGGGACAACAAAAAGUUAUUUAAAGCAGGUCCGUAGUAAACAAAAGAUUAAGAACCGCUUGUGUAUAUAUUUGCGUAAAGGCGCGAAAACUUUCAACGGUAUGAUUUGUUUAUGUUUGAGAUGCUAGCCACUGAUUAGUCAAGAGAGCUCCUAUCACAGCAAAGUUUCCGCCAUUGGUAGAAGAACUACCGCGACAGGUACCUGUGGUAGAUGCGCGGCAAACAGCAUCGAGAGACAGCGUUUCUUUUUCUGCUCGUGUCAGUGUCUCGAGAAAUCUGUUAGUACGGAUGACGCCGGUAAAAUUAUUACAAUUCGAUUCUAUUAUCUUUACAAUGGUGAUAAACAGUGACGUGGUGUGAAGUGCAUUAUUUGCGUUAACCUUCUAAUUUCCUGGAACCUUUUGCUGAAGGAUUUUAGGCGCGGUAUCGUAAACUUACAGAUACAGUUUCAGUCUCAGUGAAUGAACGAGGCUAAAAUGGGCUGUGCUUCGCAGUGUGCCAAGUAUUUUCUAUGUUUCUUCAAUUUCGUUUUCUUCGUAGCCGGAGGGGCUGCGUUGGCGGUUGGAGUUUGGCUCUUCAUCGAUAGCAAUUCUUUCACUGAUCUCGUCGGCAAACUCGAUCAGUCGGACAUUUUG